UUUUGUGUUUACGUGUUUAUUAUUUAUUGUUAUUCAAUCCGAAAUCCCCUCAAAUGAGAAUUAUUCUGAGCGCAGUGAAAUGCCUCCGUUUUAUGAAUCAUACAAAGAAUAACCAGUUGUGUACUUCACAGAAUUCGAUUUUACUUUCCAGUUUUCAGAUAGUCACUCAGGCGUAAAUAACAAAAUUAUUACAUGUUAUUAUCAGUGUUCAAGGUCGCGAUUAAAGGAUAUUUUGUUUAAUACUGAACACUAGGUUUUCUAUUGUUCACAACAUGUUUGAUGAUGACGAAUGUAACUAAUUGAUACUUGAAAUCUGAUUUUUACCUCCAUCAUUGGGAUAUAGCACAACUGAAAAAUGUCUUCAGAAGAAUCAGAUUUAGAAGAGAAUUUAAGGAACCUCAAACUCGAGGAUAAAGAUAUAAAUAUCCUCUUGCUUGGAGAAACAGGUGUUGGAAAAUCCACUUUCAUAAAUGCUGUUGCAAAUUAUCUCUCUCUGAAGUAUUUUGAUAACGCUGAGAAAGAAGGAUUGGUUGUGUUGAUACCUACUGUUUUCAAGAUAGCGAAUAAGAAUGGAAAAAUUCAGGAGAUAAAAGUAGGACCUGAAAAUGACAAAAAUGAGCUUUUGGAAUCAGGUGAAUCUGCAACCCAAGACGUGAGAACUUAUGUGUUUCCUGUAUGGAGAGGAAGAGUCAAUGUCCGUUUGAUUGAUACUCCCGGAAUGGGAGAUACACGCGGGAUCGAACAAGACGAAAAGAACUGUGACUAUAUAGUGCGUUAUCUGAAAACCCUGAAUAAAGUCCAUGCGAUAUGCUUCCUUUUCAAACCGACAGAAGCCAGAAAGACUGUCUAUUUCGAAUACUGUAUGUUUCAAAUGCUGUCCCGCCUCGACAAAACUGCCUGCAAAAAUAUAUUCUUUCUUUUUACCAACACCAGAGGCUCAGAUUAUGGACCAGGGGAUACUUUUUCAAAUCUGAAGUCAUUUAUGAAGCACUUGCAAGCAAAGACUACAGGAGUUGAAAUCGCUGUAGACAAAAAUAAAUUUUGCUUCGAUAAUGAGGCUUUCAAGUUUCUAGCAGGGCUCAAGAAAAAAGUUAAGUUCGAUGAUUCCAUCAAGGAAAUCAACUUGAAGAGUUGGCAAGAAUCGGCGAAGCAGUGUUGGUGGUUCAUCAGACGCUUACAAAAAGAAACAACUCCUUACUCCACUGAUAACUUACUUCAAGUUAAUUAUGUCAGGAGGCUUAUGCUGCAACUUUCAAAAGUUCUUUCUGAUAUUAAGCAACUCGUGGAUGCAAACCAAGUGGUAAUUGAAAGGCUUAAGAUGAAUAGAAACUUCGAAAUAGAGGACAUCAGAAAGUUGAAAGAUGAACAAAAAAGUGAGGUUUCUAAUGUUAAAACGAUGACAUUGAAUCAAACCCUUUUAGUGUGCACCAGUCGAACAUGUGCUGAUGUUUACAGGGUUAAUGGUAUAUCUAAGUGGCAUUAUAAGACUGUGUGCCACAGCCCAUGCAACGAGACUUAUAAUGAAGUGAAAGAUGUAAGAGGUUGUCCCAACUUGGUGACUUGUAACGUUAUCGAUCAAACCACUCGAUGUUGCCGAAAAUGUGGUUGUGAUUUCUCCGUUCACAUGCACGUCGAUUAUAUAACUAAGUUGGAGAAAAAUGUCAUGUUGGAUGAAGAAGUUUCCCAAAGAAUUGCUAUUAGAGAAUCGCUUCUUGACAGUUCCAUGGAAAUCAUCAAUGAUAUAACAUCAAAUAAUAAAGAGCUUCUGAUAGAGCACGAAACUAUACAGGAUUUGCAGUAUAACAUCGCUAUAUUUCUGCAGAAAAAUGCCAUCAUUGCUUCGAGUAAUAGCUACAAGGAAUACAUAGAAUACCUAAUGAAUCAAAAGAAGAUUGAGGGAGCAUCAGACAGCAAGAAAAUGGAAGAUUUGAAGAGUCUUCUUCGGGAACAUGAAGAAAAUGAAAAAGUUUUUCACCGAGCCCUCCAAAAGAAUGCAUCUUCCGAUUUGUCAUUUGACAGUCGACAACUUACAGAAAUACAUCUAAAAAAGUUAUUUAAUUUGACACAUAACGGCUCAAGAAUCAAACAGAUUUAUGAUGAACUGAAGAAGUUGGAGAAAGAAGCUCCACCCAAAGUUAAAGAAUAUGUGCAUAACAAAUGCUACGAAAAAGAGGACGAUCAGAACAAUAAAAGUCGUAGAGGAGGAAAUCAGAACCAGAGGAGGGAUGGAAAGCCCCAUGAAAAUUUUUCUCAGAAGCAAAGAGACAGGAAAGGUAGCGAAAAGCAAAGAGAAUUUGUUUCGAGAAACAAAGGGAGAGAUUUCAGUAGAGACAGAUUAGAUCAUCGAGAAGGAGGCAGACAAAACCGGGAAUCGGAUCAAAGGUAUCGCCAAGACUCUCGUGCAACCCCACCAGUAUAUCCUCAAGAAGCUCAUGGUGGGUAUCCUGAACCCCAGCAUAAUUCGAUGAACUAUGACAGAGAUAGGGCCAAUACAGAGCGAAACCAACACGAUCCGAGGUAUUAUCAAGAUCCCAGAAUGGCACCUCCGCCUCACCCUUUUGGAGCUCAUGGCGGAUAUUCUGAACAUCCGCAAUAUGCCAGUAAUUAUGAUAGAGGUCGUCCACACGGUCUUUAUCCGCCACCACCUGGUCAAUAUCCGCCACCACCUGGUCCUCAUCCGCCAACACCCGGUCCUUAUCCGCCACAUUAUGGACAUUAUCCCCCCCAAUAUGGCGCUUACCCGGCGCAGUAUCCAUAUUCAUCUGAACCUCAAGCGCCUCAUAGUCGGGAACAGCAAGGGGCCCGUCGUUCGGAUGUGUCACCUACGCGAAGACCCCAUAAUCCAUCUAGACCAGCCAGAAAUAGAAGGAACAAUCGAGAUGAAAAAAGGAAUGAUGACAGAAGGGGUCGAGGUGGUCAGACAGGCGGACGAGGAAGAGAUGGACAAUCCUUCAAACCAAGGAAUCGCAAACCACAAAAUAAGAGUAGGCAGGAUAAAACAGAUGAUGAUUCUGAUGGGUCGGACUCUUCUUCGGACUAAUAACAUAUUUUAUUCAAUAUUCUACUCAAGAUAAAUUUCCACAGAAGAAAUGGUAGUUCUAAGAAUUCCACUAUUUCAGAAGUGAUGGUGAUGAUAAAUUACUAUUUUAAAUAAUGAUUUAUCUUGGGGAUAUAAUUGAAAGCUUUUUCCUGCCUACAUAAAAUGAUGUGAUGCAAACUUGUCACUAUGUAGUAAAGAGGAAAAUAAUAAUUUGCUUUAUAUUUCUACAUGCCACGCCAAUGCUUAUUAUUUUGUCCUCUUAUUUUAAUUGAGAAUUGAUGUGAUUCCAGUAUAUUAUUUCUUUUGAGGAAUCUUUGUCGUAUCAUUAUGUUUAUUUCAAUGUGUGUGUAUUGAUUUUUAGUUCAAUGGUGUUUUAUUUUUUGUAUUGAUAAAAUAGAUGAGAUAUUGAUGAUAUGUAUGAGUUUAUUGUGUGGUAAAAAAUUCCAAUAUCUUAUAUAAAAUUAGUUUAUUCUCAGAAUGAGUUUUACUGUCUGGGAAUAUUACAUAUUUAACUUUUCUCAAAAAGAGAUAGAGUUAGAAAAUCUGAAUAUUUCAUUAUUCCAGAAACCAACAGAAAAAGUGGCAAUUUUCCGUAAUAUUUCCCUAUGAAACAAAUGGGUGUAUCGAAAUGAAAGUGUUACUAGAAAACACACUAAUUUCAUUGGAUGAUGCCUUAUUAUAUAUUUUUAUGAGGUAGGUAAGAAAAUAUUGUUUACCAAAGUUUGCUAUUGAACCAAUAGAUAUCUUUUUGGUUAUUGGUAUGAUAAUAUAUAAUAUAUUUUAUAAAUGUUCACUUUUUAUCAUUCAUCAUACAUGUCUAGGCUAUUCAUGAUGACAGAAUGAAAAGUGAUGAAAUGUCAUACAACGAAAAUGGUGAAACUUAUUGAUUUUACCGACAUUUCAAAUGUUUAAUUUGUGGUGAAUGUUAACAGUUUCAACUGCAGUUGGCAAACUCUACUUCUGCAUCGUAACCUUAUUGACCCGUUUAUGGGAUCCUCUCAAAUGAGACUCUUUGAAGCCUUGCGAAUAUAUUGAGAUGAUAAAUGAUGAUUAUGAUGAUGGAUCACUAUAUUGUUAUUGUGGCAAGGCUUUUUAGGUUUAGUAUUCAGGGUGAGAAAUGAAAAAUAUAUAUUUAUAACUUGUGAGAAUUAUUUUAAAUAUUGUGUGGUUUAUUUUCCAUAAAACCAGAAAAUUCGCGCUGUUUUUUUUAUUGUUAAUGAGAGUUUUAAUACAGCGGUAUAUCCCAUAAUUGUAAAAUAAAAUAUAAUCUUGUUAUAUGUGGAUGAGGAAUAUCGUAUAUUAAUUAAAUUGAAAGGGGUAUAUUUUUAUGUAAUUUGUUGUAGUUGAUUUCAAUAAAAUAUAAAAAGUAA